UAACUUGCACCCGAUCUGCAACUUGCCUCAACCCAAAAUGUUGACAACCGUGGUCGGCAGCUACCCUAAGCCGGACUACCUCCGGAUUCCGGACUGGUUCACAGACGCUAACCUGGCCAAAGGCUACAAGUACACUCCGGCUGACUUCAACGACUUCCAAAGGGCAGCUGACAAGGAAGAGCUUGAGAAACAGAUCACACGUGCGAUCCGGGAGGUGAUCCAAGAACAGGUGGACAUCGGGAUCGACGUGAUCACGGACGGGGAACUGCGGAGAGAAAACUAUGUCUACCAUUUCUGUCGUCAGUUGGACGGCUUCAGUUUUGAGGAGUUGGAGAAAGUGACGUAUCGGAACGGCGCUUGCACUGGAUUCUUCCCUACCGUGGUGUCAGAAGUCAAACCACGGGACGACAGCCCGUUUGUUGUAGACGAGUGGAAGGCGUCUCAGGCGCUAACCGAGCACCCGGUCAAGAUCACCGUACCUGGGCCCAUGACCAUCAUAGGGACCACUAAAAACCGUUUCUACAAAGACCGCCGCGAUCUAAGCGAAGCCCUGGUGUUGGUGAUCAACCGAGAGGUGCGCGCCCUGGCGGACGCAGGGUGUAAAUACAUCCAGAUCGACGAGCCCGUCAUGAUGCGGGAACCAGAGAUAGCUGAGGAGUAUGGGAUAGAACAUGUUUCAAGGUGCUUUGAGGGUCUUCCCCCAGAAGUGACAAAGUCUGUACAUGCUUGCUGUGGAUAUCCACUUUACUUGGACCAAGAAGACUACCUAAAGGCAGACAGAUCGCUGUAUGGCAGGUUGGCAGACAAACUGGACAGUGCUGGCUUCGACAGACUCUCCAUAGAAGACGCCCACUGCCAUACGGACCUGUCGUUCCUGUCCCAGUUCCGCCGCACCACGGUGGUGCUGGGAGUGGUGGCCAUCGCCCGCAGCAGGGUGGAGACCGUGGAGGAGAUCCGGGGCCGGGUUCGGGAGGCCCUGCGCUUCCUGCCGCCCAGCAGACUGGUGCUGGCCCCCGACUGUGGGCUGGGCUUCCUGCCCAGGCACGUUCUCAGGGACAAGCUCAAGAACAUGGUCGCUGCUGCCAAGACGUUCCAGGAAAGUUAA